AUGACGAUGAACUCUGACGUGUCGUCUACCAACCGCUCCAGUGACGUGUUGUCUACCAACCGCUCCAGUGACGUGUCAUCUACCAACCGCUCCAGUGACGUGUUGUCUACCAACCGCUCCAGUGACGUGUCGUCUACCAACCGCUCCAGUGACGUGUUGUCUACCAACCGCUCCAGUGACGUGUCGUCUACCAACCGCUCCAGUGACGUGUCGUCUACCAACCGCUCCAGUGACGUGUCGUCUACCAACCGCUCCAGUGACGUGUUGUCUAGCAACCGCUCCAGUGACGUGUUGUCCACCAACCGCUCCAGUGACGUGUUGUCUACCAACCGCUCCAGUGACGUGUCGUCUAGCAACCGCUCCAGUGACGUGUCGUCUACCAACCGCUCCAGUGACGUGUCGUCCACCAACCGCUCCAGUGACGUGUUGUCUACCAACCGCUCCAGUGACGUGUCGUCUAGCAACCGCUCCAGUGACGUGUCGUCCACCAACCGCUCCAGUGACGUGUUGUCUACCAUCCGCUCCAGUGACGUGUCGUCUACCAACCGCUCCAGUGACGUGUUGUCUACCAACCGCUCCAGUGACGUGUCGUCUAGCAACCGCUCCAGUGACGUGUCGUCUACCAACCGCUCCAGUGACGUGUUGUCCACCAACCGCUCCAGUGACGUGUCGUCUAGCAACCGCUCCAGUGACGUGUCGUCUACCAACCGCUCCAGUGACGUGUUGUCCACCAACCGCUCCAGUGACGUGUUGUCUACCAACCGCUCCAGUGACGUGUCGUCUAGCAACCGCUCCAGUGACGUGUCGUCUACCAACCGCUCCAGUGACGUGUUGUCCACCAACCGCUCCAGUGACGUGUCGUCUAGCAACCGCUCCAGUGACGUGUCGUCUACCAACUGCUCCAGUGACGUGUCGUCUACCAACCGCUCCAGUGACGUGUCGUCUACCAACCGCUCCAGUGACGUGUUGUCUACCAACCGCUCCAGUGACGUGUCGUCUACCAACCGCUCCAGUGACGUGUUGUCUACCAACCGCUCCAGUGACGUGUCGUCUACCAACCGCUCCAGUGACGUGUCGUCUACCAUCCGCUCCAGUGACGUGUCGUCUACCAACCGCUCCAGUGACGUGUCGUCUACCAACCGCUCCAGUGACGUGUCGUCUACCAACCGCUCCAGUGACGUGUCGUCUACCAACCGCUCCAGUGACGUGUUGUCUACCAACCGCUCCAGUGACGUGUCGUCUAGCAACCGCUCCAGUGACGUGUCGUCUACCAACCGCUCCAGUGACGUGUCGUCUAGCAACCGCUCCAGUGACGUGUUGUCUACCAACCGCUCCAGUGACGUGUUGUCUACCAACCGCUCCAGUGACGUGUCGUCUACCAACCGCUCCAGUGACGUGUCGUCUAGCAACCGCUCCAGUGACGUGUCGUCUACCAACCGCUCCAGUGACGUGUCGUCUACCAACCGCUCCAGUGACGUGUCGUCUACCAACCGCUCCAGUGACGUGUGUUAUUGA